AGUAUGGUUAAGUGCAAAUUCACUACGCAUUAUUCGGGUAGACGGUAUAAUCACUAAGGAAGCUUACGGGAGAGAUUGGAGUCGCGUUCUCCUUUUUCUUCGUUCAACCAACCAUCCAUUCAAGGAUUACACCUCAUACCUAGCACACCUCAAAUCCCGAAACCAUCGAAAAGACUCAAUCAGUCGCAUGACCGCCAAUUGACCGCGUUUCGGACAGUUUACCCGCAGUGGAAACUUCGUGAGAUUCCAAGAAUAGCCUAUUCUCCGUUUUACGGUGUACAACACAGUACAGUUGGUACAGCCAGGGGGGGUUGGAAAAAAAGGACGAAGGGAAAUAAAAAAAAGUUGAGGAAAAUUAAGGGAAAAAUUAAAAAAUUAAAAAAAAGGCCUUCACCGCCUUGGUCUGCCAAACUGCAACACAAGCGUCUCCCCAAGCUUACGUUAUCGAAACACGUCUCGAUAAGUCGCCUCUUUCGCUCUGCACACGACAUAUAGUUAUCUCUUUUGCCUAGGGAAGUUGUCGGUGAAGAGCUUCGGGAAGGGAAGACGGUAACGGACAUGUCGUUGCUACAAGCCUUCCGCAACCUAUCCCGCCGCACCCGCAUAUGCGUCGGCGUGGGUCUGUUUGCCUGGGGCCUCGCCGGGCUGCGUCUGUCCGGCCGCGUCGAGGAGCAGUUCGGCCUCACGCCUACCGAGGAGGACAAGGCCGCGCUGGCCAAGUUUUUCCCUAGCAUCACCGCCGUCGAUGCCAAUGUCGAGGACGCCAGUCCCAUUAAUCCCGAUUUCAGGUCUAGUUCCGGUUCUGGGAAUGGUGGCAAUAAGCGGUGAAUAAAUCACCUACAGCACUAUACCUGCGUGACCUGCCUGCCUAGGUCCCUUAGUGCAAUGAACUAGGGGCCUUGGUGGGCUACGUAGGAGGCUGGGAGAAG